ACACACACACACACACACACACAGAGGCAGAAGAGGAGGAUAAAAGGAGCGUGGCAGAGGAGAGGUCUAAAGGAGCAAACAGCGGGAUUGAGGGAAAAGAAAAACUUCAGAGGGAAAGAAAAAACGAGAGAGUGAGAGAGAGAGUGAGAGAGAGAGAAGAAGUGUGAUCUUCAGGUUGUGAGCAGACAGCAUUUUGAAACUCUGUCCCUCUGACACAGACGCUCAGCUCUCGCGGGAGAGAACAGAGUUUCUCCUCUCCUCUCUGACUGCUCCCCUCAGAGGAGGCGCUCAGACAGGCAGGGAAAGUGGCGCUGGGUUGGUUUUUUCACGACCUUUAGGUGAGUGAAAGAAGGGGGCCGGUAUACUUUGAACAGUAGUGUACUUGGGGUUGUUGUUUUUUAAGAUGGAGGACGUGGAAAACUACACCAGUUUACAGGAGUUCACUGAGGAUUCAUCCCAGUACAGCCACAAACCCAUCCUCCACACAGCACAAGGUGUUAAGAGAGGGGCGGAGUGUCUGAGGGGUAGAACCACUGUCUUCCUGCUCGUGGCUCUGUUGGCUUCAGUCUGUGCAAAUAUCGCACUGGGAGUUCUCUUGGUUAACAGGUCCAGUGUGGGUGUGGGGAUCCAGUCGGUGAAGGAGAAGUCUCCAGAAGAACCUCCAUCCCUCUCUCUCAAACUCCUCGCCCUGCAGGAGCGAUUCUCCCGUCUGUGUCGCGACUACACCGCGCUGGGCGACACCUGCUCACAGACCGUGAGGAAAUGCAGGCCAUGUCCUGAGGGCUGGUUGUACAUUGAUGAGAAAUGUUAUUAUUUUAGUGAAGAUAAACUGGACUGGCAGAGAAGCAGAGACAGCUGUGUUUCAAUGGGGGGUCAUCUCACCAUUCUACAUACUCACAAACAACACGAUGAUCUGGAGAAAGAGGCGCGUGCGAUUGGUGGGUUUGAAUAUCAUUUCUGGAUUGGCCUAUCAGAUUCAGAGACAGAGGGCGAGUGGAAGUGGGUGGACAACACACCCGUCAAUAAAACGUACUGGAACGAGUGGGACUCACAGCCUGAUAACCAUCAGUCUGCCGGCCUCCACGGGGAGGAUUGCGCCGUCCUGGACUCGCGUGCCAAGACGUGGCAUGACGUGCCCUGUGAUUACCUUUACAAACGCAUCUGUGAAAUGGACGCUAUUAAUAUCGACUGAUCGCUCUUCAAUAUAUACGCAUCUGUGAAAAACGAAAUGAAUAAAACUGUCUAACUGGAAUGACUGUCAGUGAGCUGUAGAAAUGAAGAGGUUUUGAGAAAAAUGAACUGUUUUUUUAAAACCGUGAACUGGUAUAGAGAAAAUGCACUGGUUUUAUAUCGUUGAUGGGUUUUUUUUCCCUUUUCUUUUGUUUUAUUCCAUUUCUCAAAUUUCUCUUUUACACAAGUUAUGUCAACACACACACACACACACACACACACACACAUACACACACACACACACACACACAAAGAAAAAAGAAUAAAUUUUUUUGUAUGAAACAUGGA